UCUCGUAUGCUGCUGCUCGAGCUUGUUGCAACGGACACCACGUGUAUUCUUCACUCCUUGCUCUGCUCGCCACCUCUCUCUUUUCUUAGCCAUUCACCGCAUUACAUGGCGGCGCCUGUCCUCCUCACUAUCCCUACCAUGGACGAAGAAGGCGCCCCCCCGCCCGCCCCAGCCUCCCCUUCCCGCACCCCACCGCAGCAGGAGCCGAAGCCCGCGGUCCUACGCUGGCGCCCACCCGUCCGCGUGACCUCGGAGUUUGACAGCGAACGACGGCUCUUCUCCCACCGCCUCUCCUGCCGCGUCCUCGACGGCCUCGCCAAGCUCCGCCUCCGCAUUAGCCAUGGUGCUGGGGGAGGAGGGAUUCUCUGGGGCCCGACUGAUGUGGGGCUCCUGGCGCGGAACUUCUCCGUCGUCGUCGACCCUGCAACCCGAGGCGCCGUGCUGCGCGGCGCCGCCGACCUCGCCGGCUCGCUGCGACUGCGCGCCUCGCACAACACCAAAGAGCAACAAGGAGAAGUGGCAAUUACUGCAAAUUUGAGGGAUUCACCAUGCAAGAUUGAACUGUCAUCUCUGGUUCCUCCUAAUGGACCGCCAAGAGCAACUUUUUUCUUUCCAAAUGGUGAAGUCUCAAUUAAAGAGAAGAUUUUGGAUGAGCGUGACAGAAUUUUGUCAGUAAAUGGCCUAGUGAAGUCACGUGUUCUGCAUGGAGUUUGCACAGCUGUGUACAAUGAUAAUGUAAUGAGCAUUAAAUACCGCUACAAGGAUGAUGAGGUAUCGUUUAUCCCCAGCAUCUCAUUACCAUCCAAUUCUCUGUCAUUUGCAUUCAAGCGCCAAUUAACGCCUUUGGACAAGUUGAGCUAUUGGUACAAUUUUGACACAAACUACUGGGGCGCCAUCUACAAACACAAGGCUCACAAGCAUCUCAAGUGGAAAGCUGGCUAUGAGUCAGACAACAGGCUUGGAUGGGCAUCGCUUUGGGUUGGAGAUGCUGGCGGCAGUACAAAGGAGGCGCCUUUGAAAGCCAAAAUUCACCUCACGCUUAAAGUCCCCCAGGACAAUAUACAGAAUUCAGUUGUAGUGUUCCAUGUUAAGAAAAGAUGGGAUUUUUAGUUUCUAUUUGUGAGCUCAGAUGGUGUUACGUCAUGCGCACAUAAGCAAGCGUGUACAGAUGGAGAGCCAAUAAGAGAUGGAUGCAAAUUUGUGAUGUGGUCUGCAAAAUUGUUUCAUGCAAAUGUUAGGGAGAAAUCAUGUAAUGUUAGUCCUCUUUUAUAGGUUCCGUUUGGUUCAAGGUCUUGUUAAGGGAAUGCUAAAGAGCUCAACCAAACAAAAGUAUUGGUAACUACUAGAGGUGUAAUCCGAUCGAAUACAGACGAAUAUCACUGAAAUUAAAUUUGUUAUUCGGAUCCAGAUUCGAAUACAGCUAGCUUUGAAUACGAAUA